CCGUUUCUUCCAUCCAGAACUUGUGGGCCCCAAAAUGAAUUCUUUGAAACAAAUCAACAAAGAAACUCUUUUAACGCAAUGAAGACAUUCUACAUUUGAUAUAAGAUAAUCUUAUAAAAAAAGAAACAAAAGAAAAAUGGCACGUAAUAGCGAGAAGGCAAUGACAACCCUUGCUCGGUGGAGGGCAGCACAGAUGGGUUUAAAUAAAGAAAAGGAGCGUCGACCAUAUUUAUCUUCUGAAUGUUCCGACUUACCAAAGGCUGAAAAAUGGAGACGUCAGAUUAUUGGAGAAAUUUCCCGCAAAGUGGCGCAAAUUCAGAAUGCUGGUCUGGGAGAGUUUAAACUGCGUGAUGUCAAUGAUGAAAUCAAUAAACUGUUGCGGGAAAAGGGCCAUUGGGAGGAUCGGAUUAGGGAACUCGGAGGCCCGGAUUACAAGAGAGUUGGUCCCAAGAUGUUGGAUCAUGAAGGUAAAGAAGUACCUGGAAAUAGGGGAUAUAAGUAUUUUGGAGCUGCAAAAGAACUUCCUGGCGUGCGAGAACUCUUUGAACAAGAACCUCCAUCGCAGCCUCGAAAGACCCGUGCAGAUCUCAUGAAAGAUAUCGAUGCAGUGUACUAUGGCUACAGAGAUGAUGAUGAUGGAGUUCUGAUUCCUUUGGAAUCCGAACAAGAAAAACUUGCUGUAGAGAAAAAGAUUGAAGAAUGGAAAGAGAAGAAAGAAGCUUUUUUAAGAGGAGAAAUAAGUGAAGAACUGGAAAAUAAUGAAGAAGAUGGCGAGACUAAUAUCUAUGCUGUUGAGGAAGAUUCUGAUUCGGAUGAUGAACAGGAAAAUACAGGAACAGAGAAAGAAAGCCAACAUUUUAUUGCUCAUGUUCCGGUGCCGUCACAACAAGAGAUUGAAGAGGCUCUUGUGCAGCGAAAGAAAUUGGAGCUUAUGGAGAAAUAUGCCAGUGAGUCAUUACAAGAAGAAGAAAAUCAAGUGAAAGAAAUGCUAGGAAUGUAAGAACUUGGUUAAGAAUGCAAGGAACUAUUUUGGUUUCUGUCACAGUUAUCAUACUUGAUCUUUAUCAAUAGAACAUUUUUAAAGCUCCACUGAUAUUCUUUACUCUAAACCUCAGCAACAACUAUUUUGUAAAUAACCCAUUCACAUGUCAGCAUCAUGGCCAAAGUCUUUAGUUGGAGUUCCUGGAUUUACAAAUGAUUCAUAUUUGUUGCUGUGUUAUUGAAAUACAGGGAAGUUUACAUCUGUUAAUGUCACCAUUUUUGAUAUCUCUACAGCAACUGGACAUAAACUCCAUUGAAAAUCAUCCGUAUCAAAAUUCAAAUUAUGGAGAAAGGUUUAGAGUUUGGAGGGAAAAAUUUCAUCAUAUUGGAAACUUAUGAAAUUUUCCUGUGAUUUGAUUCAUUUGAGUGAAGACUAUUAUACACCCGCCCCCCCAUUCAUCUAUACAUGUUGCUAUGAAGUGUAUUCAUUUGGAAUCUUCAUUUGUACAUAAUCCAAGAAACUUGAAGAAAGUUUCAUAAAUGAUAAACCUUUUAUGUCAACAGAAUAUUUUUUUUAGAAUUGUAUAUAAUUUGGUAAUAAAGCAACCAA